CACAUAAAAUUUCUGUUGUCAGGACAUGAAAUGAUAAGUAAAAUUCACAUUACCUCUGGGACUCAAAGCUGGAAGAGUCAACCUGGCAAUUAUUAUAGAUCCAUUAUUGUAAGGGAGAGUCUUAGCAUCAGUGAAUUGGGGAUAAAACUUGCCUUCCAGGCCUGUGGAGAAUAUCCGAUGAGAUGUUGAGUGUGUGAACUGUGUUAGGCUGGCUCCUAUCCUCUCUCCUGCACUAGCAGGACCAGAACCCCAUGAAAUGUUUGGGAGAGGGCUGAGGGAGCUCUCACAUGUGUCCAUAAAUAAAUCCAGACAGCUGAGAGGUGGGUGUCACUCUCCCCUGUGUAAUGCCAUGACUCUUGGGCGCUGUGCCUCUUCUAGUUUGUCCUGUACCCUCCUAAGGCCCCCACUGCUGCUGAUGUGCUGGAGAUCAUGAUGGACUAAAGAAACACAGUGUCACAACAGAAGGGUGGAGAAUUCUCUACCUACAGUAGAGUUUCCCUAACUCCGGUGGGUAGCACCCAGUUGUCGCUUGGGCCUUGAUAUUUAUGAAGGUCUUAUAAAACACACCUUUCCAAGUUUUUUGUUGGUUUGUUUGUGUUUUUGCAUACAGCCCUCUCCACUGGAUUUAGAUACAGGAGAUUGAGCCAGGAGAAAAAUCUGAGUGACCAGAUGCUGUGCUAUUCUCACCUGUUAAUCUCUUGUCUGCUGACAUUUUCUUCUUAGAAGGAGCUGUCCCCUAGGAAAUUCCUGUUAAGCCCUGGCUUAUCAUUUCAGCAGACCCAUCUACCUAUGUGAUUUUUUUCCUCUGGCUCUUCAUUAGCCUUUUAUUUGCUUAUAGUGUUUCUUUAAAUAAACUUUUAUUUUAGGACAGUUGUAAAUUUACAGAAUUAUUGCAAAGAUAUAUAGAUUCCGUUUACCCCAUACCUAAUAUCGCCUAUUAUUAACAGCUUACUUUAGUUUGAAGUGUUUGUCACAAUGAACCAAUGUUGAUACAUUAUUAUUUACCAAAGUACAUACUUUAUUCAUAUUUCCUCAGUUUUUCCCUAAUGUCCUUUUACUGUUCCAAGAUCCUAUCCAGGUUACCACCUUACAUUUAGUCAUUGUGUCUCCUUAGGCUCCUCUUGGCUGUGACAGUUUUUCACACUUGCCCUGUUUCUUAUGCCUUGACGUUCUUGAGAAGUACUGGUCAGGUACUUUGUAUAAUGUACCACAAUAUCAGUUUGCUUGAUUUUUUUCUUGUGGUUAGACAGGUGUUAAGUGCUUCUGGGAAGAAGAUCGCACAGGUAAAGUGGCAUCAUAUAAAGGAUAUAUGCUAUCAAUAUUAUUCCUGUUGAUGUUAACGUUGAUCACCUGGCUGAGGUAGUGUUUGUCAGGAUUCUCCAUGGUAAAGUUACCCUUUUAUUUCUCCCUUUCCAGACUGUACUCUGGAAGAAAGUCACUCUGCACAGUCCACACUUAAAGAAUGCGGUGUUAUUUCAAAGUUACCUCAUUUCCAAAGUUACCGCCUUGAGGAUGGAGUAUCUCCAACAUUUAUUUGGAAUUCUGCAUAGGAUAUUUGAUUUCUCCCCCGUUUAUUAAUAUAUUCAAUUUAUUUAUAUAAGUAUGGGCUCAUUAAUUUUAUUCUUUGGACUAUAAUCUAAUACUAUUUUAUAUACUUUCAUUGCUCAAAUUGUUCCACUUUUGGCCAUUGGAAGCUCUUUCAGUUGGCUCUUGGAUCUAUUUGACAUACUUCCAUCAUUGUGUAUGUGUGUGCUUUUUUAAAAAACUCUUUCUAGCACUACAAGAUGCUCUAGUCUUACCUUGCAUAUUUCCUGCCCAAGUCCUAGAAUCAGCCAUUUCUCCAAGGAACCCUGGUACCUUUGGUUGGAGAAUGGUAUUAAAAACCAAGAUUUGGGUGUUAGGUGUACUCGUUACUAUUGGGAUAUCAUUGUUUAUAGGCCCUCUCGGUAGACAGAGAAAGAAGAUAUAUGGGUAUAUAAUAACCCAUGCAUAUAUAUGCAUCUCUGUCUCUCCAUAUAUAUGUAUGUAUGUGUAUAUAUAUGUGUCUUUAUAUAUUUUUAAAUAUAUAUAGAGAAAAUUUUGUCUUUAGUCUUACAGACUCCACUCAUUUCCAAAGUUACCUAUGCCAGUGCCUAAUUUUUCCAUCCCUUUCAGUGAAGUUGUUUCAUGCAUUUGUGAUACACUUAGAGUCUUUUGUCACAUCCUGUGUUGUGGGAAUGCUAUUAUAAAUGGCACUUUUAAAUAAUCAAAUUCCAAUUGUUCAUUACUGGUAUAUAGGAAAGCAAGUAACUUUUUUUUUUUUUUUUUUGCGGUACGUGGGCCUCUCACUGUUGUGGCCUCUCCCAUUGCGGAGCACAGGCUCCGGACACGCAAGCUCAGUGGCCAUGGCUCACGGGCCCAGCCGCUCCGCGGCAUGUGGGAUCUUCCCGGACCGGGGCACAAACCCGUGUCCCCUGCAUCGGCAGGCGGACUCUCAACCACUGCGCCAGCAGGGAAGUCCCAGCAAGUAACUUUUAUAUAUUAACUUACAUCCUGCGAUCUUGUGGCCAGGAGUUUGUCAAUGCUUUGGCAUUUUCUACAUAGACCAUCAUGUCAUCUGCAAAUAUAGUUUUAUUUCCUCCAUUCCAAUCUGUAUACUUUUUAUUUCCUUUUUUGUCUUACUGCACUAGCUAGGACUUCCAGUAUGAUGUUUAAUAGGAACAAUGAGAAAGGACACCCUUGGCCUGUUCCUGACCUUAGGGUUAAGUGUCUACUUUCUCACCACUAAGUAUAAUGUUAGUUUCUUGUAUUCUUUAUCAAAUUGAGGAAGUUCCCCUCUAAUCCUAGUUUGAGAGCUUUUAUCAUGAUUGGGUGUUGGAUUCUGUCAAAUGCUUUUUCUGCAUCAAAUAAUAAAGAUCAUAUGAUUUUUCUUCUUUAGUCUGUUAACGUGGUGGAUUAUAUUGAUUGAUUUUCAAAUGUUGAGUCAGCCUUGAAUACCUAGAAUAAAUUUCACUUGUUUGGUGCCUAACUUUUUAUACGUUAUUGGAUUCAAUUUCAUAAUAUUUUGUUGAGGAUUUUCUGUAUGCGUUCAUUAGAAAUAUUGGUCUUUAGUUUUGCUUUCUUGUAGUAUAUUUUAUCUGGUUUUGGAAUUAGGGUAAUAAUUGGUUUCACAGAAUGAGUCAAGUGUUCUCUACUUCAGUUUUAUGGAAGGGAUUGUGGAGAAUUGGUAUUAUUUCUAACUUAAAUGUUUGGUAAAAUUCACUGGUGAUUUCUAAAUGUUUACUGGUGAUCCUUAAAUGUUUGGUAGAAUUUGGUCCUAGUGAUUUCUAUCUUUGGAAGGUUAUUAAUUAUUGAUUCAAUUUCUUUAGUAGGUACAGAAUUAUUCAGGUUAUCUUUUUCCCCUUGUGUGAGUUUUAGUAGUUUGUACCUUUUGAGUAAUUAGUCCAUUUCAUCUAAGUUAUCAAAUUUGUAGGCAUAGAGUUGUUAAUAGUAUUCCUUCAUUAAGAAGAUAAUGUCCAUGGAAUUAGGAGUGAUAACCCCACUUUCACUUCUGAUAUUUUAAUAUGAGCCUUCUUUCUUUUUUCCUUGGUUACCCUGGUAAGAGAUUUAACAGUUUUAUUUAUCUUUUCAAAGAACCAGCUUUUGGUUUUGUUGAUUUCCUCUGUUGUUUUCCUGUUUUCACUUUCCUUGAUUUUGUCUCUAAUAUUUCUUUUUUCCUGUUUGCUCUAGGCUUAAAUUACUCUUCUUUCUUUAGUCUCCUGAAGAGAAAGUGUAGGUUAUUGAUGUUAGAACCUUCUUCUUUUCCAUAUAUGCAUUUAAGCUAGAAAUUUCCCUUUAAGCACUACUGUUGAUUCAUCCCAAAGAUUUUGAUAUGUUGUAUUUUCAUUUAGUUCAAAGCAUUUUUACAUUUUUCUUGAGAAUUCUUCUUGGAUUCAUGUGUUAUUUAGAAGUGUGUUGUUUAAUUUCCAAAUAUUUGGGUUUUCCAUCUAUCCUGUUAUUGAUUUCUAGUUUAAUUCUACUGAGAGCAUACUUUUAUGAUUUCUAUUCUUUCAAAUUUGUUAAGGUGUGUUUUAUGACCUAGAAUAGGACUCUCUUGGUGAAUGUUCUAUAUGAGCUUGAAAAUAAAUAUGUUCUGAUGUUGGAUGGAAUGUUCUAUAAAUGUCAAUUAAAUCAAGUUGAUUGAUAGUACUGUUCGACUAUAUCCUUAUUGAUAUUCUGCCUGCUUAAUCUGUCAAUUACUGGAUGGCGGCAUUGAAGUCUUCAACUCUAAUAAUGGAUUUGUCAGUUUCUCCUUUCAGUUCUAUCAGUUUUUACCUCAUAUAUUAUGACACUUUUGUUAGGUGCAUAUACACGUUUAGGAUUAUUAUGUGUUUUUCUCAGAAUUGAUCCCUCUAUCAUUAUGUAGUGCCUCUUCUGAUCUCUGAUAAUUUUCCUUGUUCUGCUUUGUCUGAAUGUAUGUAACUACCCCAGCUUUCUUUUUUUGUCCAGGUUUCUUCUGAUUAGUGAAGAUCUUUCUCUGUUGCUUUACUUUUAACCUCUCACUCUUUAAAUUUAAAGUGGGCUUCUUGUACACAAUAUAUAGUUGGGUUUUUUUUAAUACACUCUGAUAAUUUCUAUCUUUAAUUGGUGUAUUUAGACCAUUCACAUUUAAAAUGAUUCUUGAUAUAUUUGGAUUUAAUAUCAACCAUGUUUAUAACUGUUUUCUAUUUGUUGCCAGAGGCUUCUUCUGCCUUCUCUAGUUUUUUUUUUAAUACAUUUAUUUAUUUUUUUAUUUUUAUUUUUGACUGCAUUGAGUCUUCAUUGCUGCACGUGGGCUUUCUCUAGUUGCGGUGAGUCGGGGCUACUCUUCAUUGCGGUGCAUGGGCUUCUCAUUGCAGUGGCUUCUCUUGUUGAGGAGCACGGGCUCUAGGUGCAUGGGCUUCAAUAGCUGUGGCUUGCAGGCUCUAGAGGUCAGGCACAGUAGUUGUGGCGCAUGGGCUUAGUUGCUCUGCGGCAUGUGGGAUCUUCCGGACCAGGGCUCAAACCCGUGGCCCCUGAAUUGGUAGGCGGAUUCUCAACCAUUACGCCACCAGUGAAGCCCCCCUGCCUUCUCUAGUUUUAAUUGAGUAUUUUACAUGAUUCCACUUGUCUUAUUAGUGUAUCAGUUAUAUGUCUUUAAAAGAAUUUUCAAUGAUUUUCCUCGAGUUUACAUUUUUAACUAAGAUCACUUUCAAAUAACACUCUUUUGCUUCACUUAUAUGUAGUACAGAUACCUUAUUACAGAAUGUUCAUUCAUUUCAUUCAUCCAUUUGUUACAGUCACUUAAUACAUUAUUACUUUAGAUAAAGAGUUAUUUUUAUAUCAAUUAAGAAUAAGACAAGGGCUUCCCUGGUGGUGCAGUGGUUGAGAGUCUGCCUGCCGAUGCAGGGGACACGGGUUUGUGCCCUGCUCCGGGAAGAUCCCACAUGCUGCGGAGCGGCUGGGCCCGUGGGCCGUGGCCACUGAACCUGCACGUCCGGAGCCUGUGCUCCGCAACGGGAGAGGCCACAACAGUGAGAGGCCCGCAUACCGCAAAAAAAAAAAGAGAGAAAAAAGAAAAAAAAAUUCAUUUUACUUUCAUUUAUUGCAUUUCCAUAGCUCUUCCUUUAUGUAGAUCUGAGUUGUUGGCCUGUAUCAUUUUUCUGCUGCCUGAAGAAAAACUUUUAACAUUUCCUGAAGGAAAGGUUUGCUGAUGCUGAAUCCCAUCACUUUUUGUUGUCUGAGAAAGUAUUUUAUUUCUCCUCCACAUUUGAAGGAUUAUUUCACUGGGUAUAGAAUUUUAAGUUAGUGUUUUUUUCUUUCAACACUUUAUUUACACAGUUAGAUAGGAGUGUUAACACUGAAAUGGAGGAUUUAUUUAUUCUCCUGUAUUUCUGUUAAAUUUUAUUUUAUUUAUUUUGAGGUCAAUUUAAUAAAUGCAUACAAAUUUUAAAUAUCAUGAGGUGACACUCCUUACCUAUUUUGUUAUUAAUUUAACUAUAAUGUCUUUCUUUUGGUUAGUGUUUUCAUGGUUUUUUUUCCCUGUACUUUUACUUUCAGUCCUUAUGUAUCUUUAUAUUUCAGAUAGUCUUUUGUAAAUAGUACAUAGUUGGGUUUUUUCCAGUCUGAAAAGCUUGUUUUUUAAUUGUUUCAAGUACACCAUUUACAUUUAAUAUACUUACUGAUAUUAAUACUGGAUAUAACCAUUGUACCAAGUUCUGUCUCUAUGUCCCACCUGAUUUAUGUUAGUUUUUUCUUCUUUAGGAUUGGUUAUUUUCUUAUUUUUACCCCUCUAUUAGCUUAGAAGUUUUACACUCUUACUCUUCCUUAAUAGUUAUCUGGCAAUUAUAGCAUACAGUCUUGACUUAUUAAAGUCUUGACCAAUAUUAAUUUAUACUUCUACACACUCCCUAGAUAAUGCCCAAACUUUAAAUACUUUAGCUCUCUUGACUCUUAUGUUGUCAAUAUAAAUUAACAAGAUAAUAUUAUUUUAUAUAAUAUUGACUUAAAUUUAUAUAGAUAUUUAGCCUUUUAAUUGCUUUUUAUUCCUUUCUUCAUCCCCAGUCUUCCAUCUGAGAUCAUUUUCCUGUUAUCUGAAAAAUGCCCUGUAGAAUUCAGUACUUACUUUGGUUUAUGCCUGCUGCUGGAAACUCUCUCUGUUUUUAUUUGUAAAGCUUUUAUUUCACCUUCAUUUUUGAAGGGUAUUUUUGCUGGUUAUUAAUUUCUUGGUUGGCAUUGAUUUUCUUUCAAGAUACUAAAGAUGUCAUUUCACCGUAUUCAUGCUUUCAUCAUUGCUGUUGCAAAGCUAGUAAUUAGCCUAACUUGUUCCUUUUGAGGCAUACUCUAUUUUUUUUUGGCUACCUUUUUGAUUUUUCUCUUUGUCUUGAAUUCUCUGCAAGUUCACUAUUAUGCAUUCUAUAUGUGGGUUUCUUUUUAUUUAUGCUGUUUGGGAUUUGUUGGACUCCUUGGAUCCUAUGGAUCAAUGUCUUUCAUCAAUUUUGAAUAAUCCUCAGCCAUUAAUUCUUUAGAUUGCCUCUGAACAAUUCCAUUUCUCUUCUCCUUCUGGAACUCCAAUUAAACAUGCAUCAGACCUUAUCGUACCCUCUUGUCUGUAUUUUCCAUCUUUUUGACUACCCAUGCAGCCUUAUGGAUAAUUUCAUCUGAAUAGAAUUUCUAGUUCUUUAAUUCUCUCUUGGGCUGCAUCUAAUAUGCUGUUAAGGGCAUCCACUGAGUUUCUAAUUUCAGCUUAGUUACUUUUUAGUUUUGGAGGGUUUUUUUCCCCUACUUUUUCUGAUUUCUUGUUCCCUGUUGAAAUUUUCAAGAUUGGAUUUUAUUUAUCUGAAUACAGUAAGCACUGUGGUUUAGUAGUCUGUACCUGAUAACUCAAAUAAUUCAAAGCUAAUGGAUCUGUUUGUGUUGUCUGUUCUCUCUGGUGCUUUUUACCUAUGAUGGGUUUUAUCUUCGUGUUGCUGCUUAUCUUUGUGUAUGGGCAUUGUAUUUAAACAACUGUUUGUUGAAAUAAUUUGAGGCCUAGGAUGAUGGAAUCUUCCUCCAGAGAUUUUGUUUGCAUUGGUCAGGUCUGUAAGGAUGCUUCCUGUCUAAAACCACCUCAAUCUAUACUCAAAACUUAAACUUUACUAGUCCACCUAGAUGUUGCAAAGCCAAGCGAAAAAACUUUGUGAGGGCUAGUUUAUUUUCAGUUUACAGUUACCCUUAAAGUGAAACAUUUGAAGUUCCUAAGAAACCCCUCCCCUUUUAAUAAGCCUUGGGCUUUGAUUUUUGUUACUCUAGUGCUUUGAGUCUGCUGAAUAUUCAACUCACUUUGACACUGGUUUAUUCCUUAACCUUUAUUCCUUAACCACAGAUGACCUCAAGACAAAUACAGCUAACCUUAUGAGUAUUAAAAGAAGACAUGGUGAAUUCUUCUUUCACCUCAUAUAGGAAAAGCGUUCUUAACUAUGAAUCAAAAUCUAGAUGCAAUAAAAGUCUAAUAAAUGUGACUACUUUUUUUAAUGCAUGGCAGAAAUACAUCAUAAAGUCAAAAGGCAACUAACAAACUGGAAGUAAAUAUUUGCAACUUAUAUAACAGAUAAAGGCCUAAUAUAGUUAAUGUGUAAAGAACACUUGAAAAGUGUGAAGGACCAACAACCCAAUAGAAAAAUGUGGAAAAGACAUGAACAGACAAUUCACAAUGAUAUUUAAACUGUUGUUAAACAGGAAUGCCAUCGAUAUAAUACUUCUCACCUAUCAUAUUAGUGAAAAGUAGAAAGUAUGUCACACGCUAUGUUGAAAAGUGUGUGGGGAAAUAAGCACUCUCCUAUAUUGCUGGUGGGAAAGCAAAAUGGGUCUGAGACUCAAGGGAGGGAAUAACCUGGAUAUGUAGAUUAGGAAAUCAUCUGUGUUUAGAGGGAAAUGAACAGAGAUCAGCCAGGGAGCGAGGACACAUGGACUGAGGAGAGCAGAGGCUCUGGACAUAGCUGCUACUCAAGGAGGCAGCGCAGCUACCUGGCGGGCACCACCACCAGGGCUCUGGAGUCAGACGGAGCUGGUCUUGAAAACGGGUUGUGAGGCUCCGUGUGGAGCGCUCCUGGAGAAGUCGGGUACCCUCCCUGCAAUCAGCUGGCACAACUGGGGAUAAAGGGCAUCUCAGAGGGAUGCUGAGUGAGGACCUGAGAGGCACCAGGUCUGCGUGUCUGUUCUCAGCACUCUGCAAGGCUAGAAAAGGAGGAGGAACCUUUCCAGAAUCCCUGCAGGACAGGAAAACGAGGGGACAUCUCAACAUGGAAAAACUCUGCAAUGAAAAUGAAGGAAAGCUGGAAAGCGAAGGAAAGUCAGAAAAUGAAGUAAAGCCUGAAAAUCAAGGAAAGUCAGAUGAGGAAGAAAAGCCAGAAGUGGAGGGGAAGUCAGAACACGAGGGAGAGCUCCAGAAUGAGGGACGGCCAGAAGACCAGGGACAACCAGAAGAUGAGAGGAAGAGAGAAAAGCAGGACAAGUCCGAAGCUGAGGGAAAACCACACGGUGAGGGCAAGCUGGAAUCCCAGGCAAAGCCAGAGAGUCAGCCGCGGGCUGCCGAAAAGCGCACCUCUGAAGACUAUGUGCCCCGGAAAGCAAAAAGAAAAACGGACAGGGGGACGGACGAUUCCCCCAAGGACUAUCAGAACAACUUACAGGAAAGGCAUCUGGGCAGUGAGGAGAUGAUGACAGAAUGUGCAGAUAUGUCAAGGGCUCAGGAAGAGCUAAGGAAAAGACAGAAAAUGGGUGGUUUUCAUUGGAUGCAAAGAGAUGUACAGGAUCCAUUCACCCAAGGGGCCAACGGGGUGUCAGGGGAAUGAGGGGCGGAGGUAGGGGCCAGAGGCGCUUACAUGGUAUCCCAUAUCUUUAAUGCCUUUGGCCUUCAAUUCUGACUCCUCUGAUGAGAAUAUCGCUGACCCUGCUUUCCCUGGCAGGCAUUUGCCAGGCUAUGUGCUUUAACCUUAAGCUGAUUCUUUGCUUUAGGUGUCACUCUCGUUACCAGCAGCCUUUUGAUCCAACUACAGUGCUCUCUGUGUUUCAGUAGGGGAUUUUCACCCACGUGCAUGGAGGAGAUGUUCAUGGUACACUGUAAAACAACAAUAAAGAAAAAACAGUUUUCAGAAC